CCCCCGGUUCCGGCCGGGCGACGCAGCGCCCCGACGGCCCGCGAGCGAACUACCGCACAGCGUUCCGCAAGCGAGACGAACACGCACAAUUGUCCCGUCACUCCGGAUAUUCGUGCGAAUCGAUUGGAAAAUCGAUGAAAAUUUACGGUUUUUCCGUCGUGGGAUGUGCACAAGGUAGACGGCGAACGGUGUGACUGGCGGUACGCGGUCCCUGACUGUCGAGUGCGGCGUGCUCCACGGAUUUUGUUUUUUGGCGCGGGCCACACGUAAACAUUGAGGACUUUUUGCGCGGCGACAGUGAAAGUUUUUGUGCCUUUUUCGACGGCCGGCUCUCGCACUUGGCGCCCGCUCGAUUUUCGCCCGACUGUUCGCAGCAAUUGUGCAAAGUGUCUCGACAGGAAAAUUACUUUUUCGGAUCCAGUAAUCACAAACCAGUGAGAACCGGCAUCAAAACGUCACCUCAACCGGGCGAAGAUCCAAACAACUACCCAACGGGUAGCAGUCUGUUCAAUCCCAUGAACAUGGCUGGUUACCUCAGGGCACCGACCCAUUCCGGGAUGCCUGGCCCAAUACCGGCCAUGGCCAUGCCCACAUUGGGUCACCACUUCAGCCUCACGCACGCCCUGGAACCCGUCGCCUUUCCACAAGUUUAUUCCUAUUUUGCAGGCGUGAACCCGAGGAAGCAGCGCAGGGAACGGACCACGUUCACCCGCGCCCAGCUGGACAUCCUCGAGAACCUCUUCGCCAAGACGCGGUACCCGGACAUCUUCAUGCGCGAGGAGGUCGCGCUGAAGAUCAGCCUCCCCGAGAGCAGGGUGCAAGUCUGGUUCAAGAACCGUCGUGCCAAGUGCCGCCAACAGGCCCAGCAGCAGCAAAACCAGAACAAACAGAGUCCCCGAGGGCAAAAGGUGAAGGCCAGCAAACCAUCCCCGGUGUCGCGUCCACCGCCGGUCUCCCAAAUACCCCCCUCGUCGACGACGAUCCCCACCCCCAGCACCUCCAGCUCGCCGCCGGUGAACGUGAAGAAGGAGUCCCCGAACGCCGUGGCCGGCCACACCUACAGAUCGAACGGCAACCUGACCCCGCUGGGCAGCAACAACUCCAGCGUGAUCACCACGCCAAGCCCCCCAAUCACCCCCAGCAGCGGGCACGGCUUCCCGUACCAGCACGAGGCCAGCUACAACGGCUUCAACUGGCACGGGAACGGGCACAACACCUCGCCCCACUACUCCUACCACCCGAACCACAACAACUACAACUCCGCGUACUACUCCCAGAUGGACUACUUCAACCAGAGCGCCCAAAACCAGAUCCAGAUACCCAACCACGUGCACACGAACGGGUCGUACCAGAUGGCGGGUUACUCGGGCAUGGGCAUGUCGGCGGCCUCCACCCACCAGAGCUUCAGCCCCAGACAUCCCACGCAUCCCUCCGACUGCAGUCUGGACUACAUGAAUCAAAUGGUCUAGUUCCAUGCGGUUGAAGGUAACCUGAAGUACAAUUGUGAUGUAUUCUUAAGAUAUUGUUUGUACAUAUCUGCAUGAAGUAAUAUCGACGAGGCAAUCUGGUUACAAAACAAAAUUAAAAAAAUAAAAUAAUAGUACAAAUUCAUGAACAAUUGCAACUAGUUCUGGUACUCAGUUGGGGGGUGGUACUGACACUUUACUUGCCUGGUGCAAUGUUGCAAUAAAAAAUGACAAAAGAAUGGCACACUUUUAAUUGUUUAUAAUUUAGUCUUCCACUAAAAUAUAAAAUUGAAAUUUAAUUUCUUUUCCGUCAUUAUUAUUAACAUUUAUUGAACAAUACAAUUGGGGUGGUCAAAAAAUCAGAUUGUUUUCCAAGUUUGUUUGUGCGUGCAAUUUAUUCACUUGUUUUUUAGUGUACAUAUACCUAUUUAUUAUUUAUCUCUUGUGCUGUACAUACAAAAAAUUUUAACUGACGACUAAAAAUACAGGUGAAGUAUAUUUUAUUUAAGAUAUUACUUCUUGCCACACUGUAUAUAUUUUAUAUUCGUUUCUUUUAUACAUAUAUAUAGAAUCCAGGUAAUUUUAAUUCUUUUAAUAUUUACCUGUAUGUAUAUAAACGAUAUUGCUAGAGCCUAAGUUGUUAGGCAUAAUUAAAUAAGAUAAGAAUAGUGUGAAUUUAUGUAAGGGCCAAUCAAAGCCGGACACACUUUUAUUAUAAAUAAAAACAUGUUAUUAGUUUUCGGCCUUGAUUACACAUGUAAAAUUUGAUUAAGACAUUUUAGAAAUUUUAUUUAAUUGUCAAUGUGUUUUGUGAUAAAAUUAAACGAUGUUAUAUAUAUUUAAAUAGUUUUUAUUCAGUACCCACACUAAUUUACAAUUUAGGUUGUGUUGUAGUCCAUCCAAAAAUAGCUUAUUUAUCCUCUUUUUCAAUAUUUACAAAGCCCUUACAUAAUUAUAAAUUUAGAACAAAAUGUUAUGGAAAUAUAUGAAAAGUGGUGUUGUAAUUAAAUUGAAAACGUUCAUUUCUCAGACAUCGGUUUACAAACAUCCAUUUUAAAAGUAUAGAAAAUUCCUCGCACUCAUUUUCAGAUAAUUUGCUUGAGCUGAACUGGGACUUAACCUCACUUUUAAGCGCCAUCUUGGCCGCCAUUUUCUAACCUUAAAUAAAUUGUGUUCAGCAAAUUACCUCAAAACAAUUUCAAGAGGAAUUUUCCAUAUUAUAAUUGUAAACUGGUGAAAGCAGCGUCCUCAGGAAUAGUUAACUUCAAAUUGUAUUCGGGACAAAUUACCGUAAUCAAGCUAAACGAAAUUUUGUCACUUUUGUAAAUUUUUUGAACCUGUGAUGCAUACAACUUUUCUGUAUUUGGGUUUGUGUUAAUUUUAUUCGAUGUAUAACAUAGUAUACAGACGGAGAAAGUGCGAAUCCCUCCGUUAGGUUAAAUAUUUUGUGAAUAUAGAUUUUUUACUGUAAGGAACUCGCACUUUGUACGGACAACUUACAAUUAAAUAAAAUUAAUAAAUAAGCAAUACAACAUUAUAUAA